UUCAACAUCGAGGACUUCAAUGCUCGGGGGUGGCUCACCAACAAAAACCAUUAAAUCCAAGACCUGCUUCAUGGCACAGUUCAUGGUUAUAGAGAGAGAGACACAGAGGAUCUCUUAUUGGGGUAAAGGAAAAAGCAGGAGAGAAGCCAUAGAAUUGAAAAGCCUGGAGAGAGAGAGAGAAUGGCAGGUGAGAAGGGGAGGGGAGAGAAAGAGGAAGAUGCAGAGAAGGGUUUUGAGCUGAGUGUUGUUUGCGUGGGGGUAGUGGUGUGCAUAGUGGGGUUGUACACUUGUUUCUCUCUCAAGAAAAUGGUUGUUACCUAUGCGACUCUUCUUGUCCUUGUUGCAGGGGUUUUGUUGCCUGAUUGGACCUUCUUUGCCAGAGAUUUCUCGCAGUGGACCACGCCCAUGCCCCUCCCUCGCCCCAUACACCAUGCGCCUCCCUCCUCACCCGGGUUCAAAAUUUAUCCCAUGAGACUCGCCAUAUUCGGGGUUGUAUAUGGCUUUACAUUAUAUAAAUUGUGGAUGUACAUUGUCCACUAGCUUUGUUUUUUAGAGGUUUUUCAGUGUUUCGAAAUGUAGUCACUUGUUUAGGCCUCAACAGACAUUUAAAAUUCGUUCAAUUAUGGAACAUUAAGCGGGCCUUCUUUAUUUGA